AUGAGGAGCACAGCAAACAAGCAAAGCAACAAGCUCAUUCGAAUUUUAUUUGCGCCUUUCAAAUUUAUUAGCAAGGCUAGGUACUUGUACAUGAAGAGCAUGUGGAAAUGUGCCGGAAGAGUUGGCAAUGGGAAUUUUGUAGGCGGUCCAACUUCUCAAAUCAUGACCUUGCCUAAGAGUUUCAGUAGUAAACCUGAUUCAAACUCGAACAAUGAUGCGGUGCUCAAGGGAAUUUUAGACUCGUUGGCUAAGAAGAGAAUUGAUGAUCAGAUAGAGUCAAACAUGGAUGGGAAUGGAGAGGUCAUGAAACAAACUACAUUGGGGUCCAGUGGCCGUGUGGGGAGGAGUUAUAGUGUUGGGGUAGGAAAGAUUGGGAGAAUUGAUGAGGAUAAGCCUUGUUCAUUUAGGGAGGAUCAUAAUUUGAAGGCAGAUUCGUAUGCAAGAAGUAAAAGCUACGCUGUUAGUAGGAAGAGUAUUGAGUAUUAG